AUGAAAUUUUUAACUGCUGCUUCCUUAUUAACUUUGUCCUCCUCAGCUUUAGCUGCCAUUAAAGACAUUCAAUUAUAUGCUCAAUCUUCCAACAAUGAAGUUAACGACUUUGGUAUUUCCUCCCAACACGAAGGUGCUGCUUUGAACUACUUAUUCUUGGCUGCUCCAGGUGUUGCUCAAAAUUUGAAAUACGAUGACGAAACCAAAUCUAUUUUUGCUGAAUUGAAAACUGCUUCUUCCACUGUCAGACAACCAUUGAAUGUUGGUAGUACUGUUCUUCAAUUAGGUGGUAGUGGUGAUGGUGUCAAAGUUGACAUUGCCGAAGAUGGUACUCUUACUUUUGAUGGUUCUGACUCUGUUGGAGCUGCCAAGAACAUCAACGAUCCAUACAACUACUCCGAAGAUUCAUAUGCUGUUGUUAAAGGUGUUGAUGGAGCUAUCCCAAUCAAAAUUGUGGCUAAAUUCACUGGUGACAAUAAAGAAUCUGGUUCUUCUUCUGCUCCAGAACCAACUGCUUCAUCAUCUGAAUCUCCAAAGGAAACUCCAGUUUACAGCAACAGUACUGUCACCCUUUACACCACUUACUGCCCAUUAUCUACCACCAUCACUUUAACUGUCUGUUCUGAUGUUUGUACUCCAACCGUCAUUGAAACUUCUGGUUCAGUCACUGUUUCUUCAGUUCAAGUUUCUUCCGGUACUCCUGCUGCUUCUUCUGAAGCUGCCCCACCAAAAACCACUGUUGACUCAGUCAGCAAACCAGCUCCAUCUGGUGACAAACCAACUGCUGCUGUCACUUCAUUCGAAGGUGCUGCUAACGCCCUCACUGGUGGAUCAGUUGCUAUUGCUGUUGCCGCUGCCAUUGGUUUGGUCUUCUAA